AGUGGCGUUUCCGCUCGGGCAGCGGGCUGAGUGAGCUGCCGCCGCCGCCGCCGCCGCUGCCGGGGGAGGGGCGGCCGCCGCCCGCCUGCGCUCACAGACUCACGCAGCCCCAGUCCCGCCAGUCCGCCAACACAGUAGUGCCGGCCCCCCUCUUUCCCUGGCCCUCCCCCCUCCCCGCCUUUGGCUCGCUCCGCCUUUCUGCCCCCCACCCCCACCUCACGGGUACGGGCCAUUCCCGGCCAGGAAACGCCGUGGCGCCGCGUUGGGCCUAACUCGAGUCCUGCCGCCUCCCGGGAGUGCCGUGCGCCGCAGCCCGGGCCCAGGCCCCGGCAGCGCCUGGGACAAGGUCUUCAGAACUGCUAGCAGAUCAUUUGGGGGGACUUCAUAUUCAGAAGUCUAUAUAAAGGAUUCCUCAUGUCCAUAACAUGUUGGAUGAGGCUCUGCAGCUCACCCCCACUCUCAGAGUGGUCAGUCUCCAUUAAUUGGACCCCGUGAUUUACAAUCUCUGCUGUGUUGGACGUCAUGAGCAUUGCAAUCCCUCUGGGAGUCACCACACCAGAUACAUCCUACUCAGAUAUGGCUGCUGGAUCAGAGUAAGUGCUACUUUCUAGGUAGUAGGUACAUUACCAGUCUGUGUGGAGACAACUUUCUUAUGGAUAGCUAAUAAGAUAAUAUGUAGUAUUUUCUUAACUAGAUCCUAUCCCACUGUAAUUAACAUUAGACCUUUCCCUUUACCCCCAUUGAAGCUGGUGGAAAAAAGGAAUUAGAAGGGGAAGGAAAAGUUUUCAGAGGGGUAUUUCUGGGCAAAUAAUUAAUAGAACCAAAGUUGCAAAGUAGGAAUUCAUUUUCAUUUGUUUUAAUGGGUGGAGAAAAUUGGAAUAAAGUAGGUGUUACUACCUGCUUCUGUAGAGUUAAUGAUUCUGAUGGAGGGAGAUAAGAAGGUGUUCUUUCCAACUGAUUUUCCUUGAAGUCCUCUUCCUAUGUACUUCCCAUUGUUCUAGAGUAAAGGGGCCGAAACUAUAUGGGCAGGUUGCCUAGACCUUCUGACAUCUGGGGUAGAAAACAUGGAGAGCAGCGUCAUCUGUUUUUUCAUAAUAUUCAUUGCCUAGAAAGAGGACCUUCAAAAUCAGUGGUACCAAACUUUUUUUUCAGCUAAGAGCAGCUUUAGGAAUUCAGAGUUUGUCCAAAGGCCCAAUCCCUAAAAUUAUACUCUCAAUUCUUGAAGAAUGUAAAUGCCAAAUGACAAUGAAGGUAGGCCUUCAUUAUACAACUUUAUAUAUAUUAUUCACAGUUUUAAAAUUUUUAGUCUUUUGUAUCCCUUCUCUUUUAAGUUGUCCGAGAUUCCCCCUGCUCACAGAUUCCCCCUCUUGUCCUUUUACCUCCCUUGUACCCAAUCUUCCUUGCUUACAGAAAGGAAGUGGAAGCCCCCUACCUUUCAAGACGAAGUGGCACUACACCAGGAUGUGAAAGUCCAGCGAAAGAGACCCAAGGGGCCUAGGGGGCAGCACACCCCCAGAAGCCAAGUCUAUUCCAGGCAGUACCAGGGAUUAGGGUCUGGGCUGGAAAAAUCCUGGUGUUUUGAAUAUGUUCAGGUCCAGUUCAGACUCUUGAUCCCACAGCCACUUCUUGAGUGAGGUGGGUGUUGCUCUAAUUCCCCUGUUUCUCUUGCCAUUUUCACAGUCCCUGGGGAUUCUUCCCCCUUCAGCAAAGCAAAGCAACUGUACCAGAUUUCUGGGUUGAAUGACAUCCCUGAUUAAUAAGUGGUUUUCUUCCUUAAAACAAUAUUAUUAAAGAGCAUGUAUAUUUCUUCAUAAAGCCACCUAAUAUAACUUACCUGUUUCUGAGUUCCUUAAAGAGGAAGACUUAAAGCUACCCUGAGAAAUAGUAUAUAAUAUUCUGGGGUAGUCUAAAAUGGAAAGCAGUGUUUGGGCUUAUUCCCAUAUAGAAAGAAGGGUUGGGGGUGGGGAAGGGUUGAUUUUGUUUCUUCUAGAGCUUUUCUUUUUUUUUUUUUUUUUGUUUGUUUGUUUUGUUUGCAUGCAAAAGGUAUUUAGUUAUGUCAGUAACUGAGACUUACUUACCAUUUUACAACUCUUUCCCCAAAUAAAGUACUUAAAACUCUUCCUGCAUUAGUAGGUAGCCAGUUUGUAUUGUGUUUAUAGGUUUUUAUAAAGUCAGCUACUAACCUGGUACUAUGUAGAUUGUCUAACUAUAUAGAUAGAUAGCAUUAACAUUUGUGAGAAAUUUCAACAAAGAAGUUAAACCAAUACGUUUGGAAUUGGUAGAUAAAAGACCCAGAGCAGUUAAUCUUACAAUUGGUGUUUUCCCUGAAGUAUAGAAAUGACUGCCCAUGAAUACUGCUAGGGAGUCUAGGAGUAAUUCCAGAAAUAAAAAUACUUCUGGUCUACAAAUGUGACUGCGCUAUCUCUGUUAACACCAGCAUAUCCUAGGAUUUCCUGAAACAUUUUCAUUCAUGAUCUCCAGACAGAUUUAUGAUACUGUGGUCAUAACUAGCUACAUAGUUAUGCAUUUCUGCAAAGGGAAAGAAUGUCAAUAACUAGCUACGUACCAUUCUGUUAAAUUAUUAAUGAUAUUUAUUAAUGUUUCAUCAUGCCUAUUUCGCUGUUCUGGGCACUUUAAGAUUAAACCUGGUAUUAAGUGCAGCAUACUCAGCUAGAUGUAGACUUCAUAGGAUUUUAAAUCUGAUGGCAACUAUAUGCAAUAUGCAUUUAUUUUUGUGUGUGUUUAUAGGAAAAUUUGUAGAUGUAACAAGCAAAACAAAGAUUUUUCUGAAUUUCCAACUCUACCAUAGCAGAAUUUCAGGCAUUUUCCAACAAAUGGCAUGAUAGCAGCUGGGUUGCAUGUUGUACUUAGAACACCGUUGAUGGAGUAUAUCUGUUGUGAGCCUGGUUUCUGUGUAUGUGUCCAGUUUAGUGAUAGGAGAAGAAAGGCUGUAAUUGCAUUUGCAUAAAGUGUUUGGCUGCUAAAGAGAUGUAAUUCCAUUAUUCCAAACUUUUCAUUCAUAUUUAAAAAUAUAAAAACUAGUAUAUAUAUCAAGGAAUAUUUUAGGAAAUCUUGUAGUUACCUGUCAAUGUCUAACUAUGUAUUUAAUCAGUAACUAAUAUGGAAAUUGCAGAGUUUCUUCAUCAGAAGAUAUGAGUUGAAAUUUUAGAUUUGGCAUGCACAGCAAUAUAUUAAAUGCUGUACUUAACUAGAAAGUAUUGGGCAGUGCGAUGGCCUUUUAACCUCCACAAUAUACAUUUUAUUUUUAUUCCCUAGACUUGCACAUGAAGUGCAUAUGUUCAUAUUUACCCGUUUGGAGAUGGGUAAGAUACAACCAGCAUAGCUCCAUCUCCAUGGCCAUCUUUGAUUUCAUGCAACUUUCCUUUUUCCUGUCCCCCCCGCACCAAAAAAAAAUCCAUUCCUAAUAAACAGCUAUCAUGUUUCACUCCAUGUGUUCAGUGGUACAAAAUCUAUAUAAAAUAUGUACAGCUUUUUGGAAUACUUGUUUAUCUAGUAAUGUACCUAGUAAAUUAAUAAUGUAUAAAUUUAUUACUUUUAACUGUCCAUCAUAGAAAUUAAAUUACACCUUCAUUUUAUUAAUGCUUGUCUGCCUUUGGUUUCAUUUAGGAAACCCCACCUGUUUCCUAAUACUCAGAGAUGAUUGCCUCUCAGUGAGCCAUGUUCAGAUCAUCUUUUUCUCAAGAAUACUGACCUGCAUUCUUGAUGUACCCCUCCCCCGUUUCCAUCUUGCAGACACUUUUAAGUGAUAAAAUGCAUGCACCUCACUAACAGAGAAUACUUUCCUCUGUCUAAAGUUCUUCUUCACUUAGAAAUUUCCUUUGCUGUUAUUAAUAAGAUCCCUUCUCACAGUUUUGGAGCAUAUAACUGGGGUAUCCUGUCUUGGUAGUGAAUGGAAGAGGGCCUGGUCCCUGGGGCAGUGCAGAAGGCACUUUCAUCAUCUCACUCACUGCAAAUGUCAUGUGAGGUUUCAUGGAAGUAUUAAGAGAUCCAAUUAAGAAGAAUAGUUCUGAGUCUAAACCAGCCCAGAGUGGCUUCUCUAGGGGAAACUCCCCGCUCAGCUGCCCUGAAUCUGUGGAGGCUAGUCCAGCAGUUAAUGAGAAGAGCGUGUAUUCCACUCAUAAUUAUGGGACCACUCAGAGGCAUGGGUGUCGAGGACUGCCUUAUGCUGAUCAUAAUUACGGAGCCCCUCCUCCUCCGACACCUCCUGCUUCUCCCCCUGUCCAGACGAUCAUCCCUCGUUCUGACCUGAAUGGCCUGCCGUCGCCUGUAGAGGAACGCUGUGGAGACAGCCCGAACUCUGAAGGAGAAACUGUACCUACCUGGUGUCCUUGUGGUCUUUCUCAGGAUGGCUUCCUUCUCAACUGUGACAAGUGCAGGGGAAUGAGCAGGGGGAAGGUUAUUAGACUUCAUCGGCGGAAGCAGGACAACAUAUCAGGUGGGGAUAGCAGUGCAACAGAAAGCUGGGAUGAGGAGCUUUCUCCUUCCACUGUGUUGUAUACAGCAACACAGCACACACCUACAAGCAUCACCUUAACUGUUAGAAGAACCAAACCCAAGAAGCGGAAAAAGAGUCCAGAAAAGGGUCGUGCAGCACCAAAGACGAAGAAAAUCAAGGCAUUUCGAGAGGGAUCCCGGAAGUCCUUGCGGAUGAAGAAUUCUCCCUCUGAAGCACAGAAUUUAGAUGAGAAUACAACUGAGGGCUGGGAAAAUCGGAUAAGACUAUGGACUGACCAGUAUGAAGAAGCUUUCACUAAUCAGUACAGUGCAGAUGUACAGAACGCACUUGAACAACACCUACAUUCUAGCAAGGAAUUUGUGGGCAAACCUACUAUUUUAGACACUAUUAAUAAGACUGAAUUGGCCUGUAAUAACACAGUUAUUGGUUCCCAAAUGCAGUUACAGCUGGGAAGAGUCACUCGUGUUCAAAAGCACCGGAAGAUCCUGAGGGCUGCAAGAGAUUUGGCUUUGGACACUCUUAUAAUAGAGUAUCGUGGGAAAGUCAUGUUACGACAGCAAUUUGAGGUCAAUGGGCAUUUCUUCAAAAAACCAUACCCCUUUGUGCUCUUCUACUCAAAAUUCAAUGGUGUAGAGAUGUGUGUGGAUGCCCGUACUUUCGGUAAUGAUGCUCGGUUCAUCAGAAGAUCAUGUACACCAAAUGCAGAGGUGCGACACAUGAUUGCAGAUGGGAUGAUUCACCUGUGCAUCUAUGCUGUGUCUGCCAUCACCAAGGAUGCUGAGGUCACCAUAGCAUUUGAUUAUGAGUAUAGUAACUGUAAUUAUAAAGUGGACUGUGCCUGUCACAAGGGAAACCGGAAUUGUCCUAUACAAAAAAGGAAUCCUAAUGCUACAGAACUGCCACUCCUACCACCUCCUCCAAGCCUACCCACCAUUGGAGCAGAGACUAGACGUAGAAAAGCACGACGGAAAGAGCUAGAGAUGGAGCAGCAGAAUGAGGCUUCGGAGGAAAAUAAUGACCAGCAAUCACAAGAAGUUCCAGAAAAAGUAACUGUAUCCAGUGAUCAUGAGGAAGUAGACAAUCCAGAAGAAAAACCAGAAGAAGAGAAAGAAGAGGUUAUAGAUGACCAGGAGAACCUAGCUCAUAGCAGGAGGACCAGGGAAGAUAGAAAGGUAGAAGCCAUCAUGCAUGCUUUUGAAAACUUAGAGAAAAGAAAGAAGCGGCGGGAUCAGCCCUUGGAACAGAGCAACUCUGAUGUAGAGAUUACUACAACCACCUCAGAGACUCCUCUUGGUGAAGAGACAAAAACUGAAGCCCCUGAAUCUGAAGUUAGCAACUCUGCGUCAAAUGUUACCAUCCCGAGCACCCCACAGAGUGUUGGUGUGAACACCCGGAGGUCUUCCCAAGCAGGGGAUAUUGCUGCAGAAAAACCAGUCCCCAAGCCACCUCCAGCAAAGCCUUCUAGGCCCCGGCCGAAGAGUCGAAUUUCUCGGUACAGGACCAGUUCAGCCCAAAGACUAAAGCGUCAGAAGCAGGCCAAUGCACAGCAGGCAGAAUUGUCACAAGCUGCCUUGGAAGAGGGAGGAAGCAACAGUUUAGUAACUCCUACUGAAGCUGGAAGUAUAGACAGUUCAGGAGAAAACAGGCCAUUAACAGGGUCUGACCCAACUGUGGUGUCAAUUACUGGAUCCCAUGUCAACCGUGCUGCAUCUAAAUACCCCAAAACCAAAAAGUAUCUAGUUACAGAAUGGUUGAAUGACAAAGCAGAGAAGCAAGAGUGCCCUGUUGAGUGCCCUUUACGUAUCACGACGGAUCCAACUGUACUGGCAACGACCCUAAACAUGUUACCAGGUCUUAUCCAUUCCCCGUUAAUUUGCACCACCCCCAAACACUACAUUCGCUUUGGCUCACCCUUUAUCCCUGAGAGACGUCGAAGGCCCCUUCUGCCUGAUGGCACAUUCAGCUCCUGUAAGAAGCGCUGGAUAAAACAAGCCUUAGAAGAAGGGAUGACUCAAACAUCAUCUGUACCCCAAGAGACUAGAACUCAGCACCUAUACCAAAGCAAUGAGAAUAGUAGCUCUUCUAGUAUCUGCAAAGACAAUGCAGACUUGUUGAGCCCAUUAAAGAAAUGGAAGUCUCGCUAUCUGAUGGAGCAGAAUGUCACCAAGUUACUUCGGCCUCUGUCUCCAGUCACACCACCCCCUCCCAAUUCAGGCUCAAAGAGCCCCCAGCUGGCCACACCUGGCUCAUCUCACCCAGGAGAAGAGGAGUGUCGAAAUGGAUACACCCUCAUGUUUUCACCAGUUACAUCUCUUACUACUGCUAGUCGCUGCAACACUCCUCUGCAGUUUGAGAACAUAUCCUCCCCUGAGAGUUCCCCUGCGCAUAGGCCCGAGUCCCUGUCACCCGAGCUUUGUCACCGAAAAGACCUGGAUUUGGCAAAAGUAGGAUACCUUGACUCCAACGCUAACAGCUGUGCUGAUAGACCUUCCCUACUCAACUCAGGUCAUUCUGACCUGGCUCCUCAUCCCUCCAUCGGACCCACUUCUGAGACUGGUUUCCCAAGCAGAAGUGGAGAUGGACAUCAGACCCUCGUGAGAAACUCAGACCAGGCAUUUCGGACAGAGUUCAACUUGAUGUAUGCCUACUCCCCUUUGAACGCUAUGCCUCGAGCAGAUGGACUGUAUCGAGGAUCUCCUCUAGUGGGGGAUAGGAAGCCUUUACAUUUGGAUGGGGGAUAUUGUUCCCCUGCAGAAGGAUUUUCCAGCAGAUAUGAACAUGGCUUAAUGAAAGACCUCUCUCGUGGAUCCUUGUCACCUGGUGGUGAAAGGGCCUGUGAAGGAGUCCCAUCUGCCCCCCAGAACCCACCACAGAGGAAAAAAGUAUCCCUGCUGGAGUACCGAAAACGGAAACAAGAAGCUAAGGAAAAUUCUGCUGGUGGGGGAGGUGACUCUGCACAGAGCAAAAGCAAGUCUGCAGGAGCUGGGCAAGGCAGCAGUAACUCGGUUUCUGACACUGGUGCCCAUGGUGUGCAGGGAUCCUCAGCCCGAACUCCAUCUUCCCCUCACAAAAAAUUCUCCCCAUCUCAUUCCUCUAUGUCCCAUUUGGAGGCGGUAAGCCCAUCAGAUUCCAGAGGCACUUCUUCAUCUCACUGCAGACCUCAAGAGAAUAUCAGCAGUAGGUGGAUGGUUCCCACAUCAGUAGAACGACUCCGAGAAGGAGGGAGCAUCCCCAAGGUCCUCCGAAGCAGUGUAAGGGUGGCCCAAAAGGGAGAGCCCUCUCCCACGUGGGAGACCAACAUCACAGAGAAAGACUCAGACCCUGCAGAUGGAGAAGGCCCAGAGACAUUGAGCUCAGCACUCUCUAAAGGAGCAACAGUUUACAGCCCUUCCAGAUACAGCUACCAGCUCCUGCAGUGUGAUAGUCCUCGGACAGAAUCACAAAGCCUCCUUCAGCAGAGUUCCUCCCCCUUCAGAGGACAUCCUACACAAUCUCCAGGAUACAGUUAUCGAACUACUGCACUGAGACCUGGAAACCCCCCCUCUCACGGUUCUUCAGAAUCAUCCCUCUCUUCCACGUCCUAUUCCAGCCCCGCCCACCCUGUGUCCACAGACUCCUUGGCCCCAUUUACGGGGACACCAGGGUAUUUUAGCAGCCAGCCACAUUCUGGAAACAGCACUGGCAGCAAUCUUCCAAGGAGGAGCUGCCCUUCUAGUGCUGCUAGCCCUACCCUGCAGGGACCCUCAGACUCGCCAACCUCAGAUUCGGUUUCUCAGUCCAGCACAGGAACUCUGAGUUCCACCUCCUUUCCUCAGAACUCUAGGUCGUCAUUGCCAUCAGACUUACGGACUAUCAGUCUGCCCAGUGCUGGGCAGUCAGCUGUCUACCAGGCCUCCAGGGUAUCUGCAGUUUCCAAUUCACAGCACUACCCACACCGUGGGAGUGGGGGUGUGCACCAGUACCGACUCCAGCCACUACAAGGGUCAGGAGUCAAGACUCAGACAGGACUUUCCUAGGGCUUCUGGAUUUGGGCAAACAGAACUGAAUGAGCCCAUAGCUGCUUCCUUCCAGCUGCCUCUGGAACCUAGGCCGAGCAUAUUGCUGGGGAAGGGGGGGUACAAGGUGCCAGAGGAUUGGGUCUGGUGGACAAGAAACAAGACUUGUGGUCACAUUUGGCCUCUGGCCUUGGAGAAAGAUGUAAAUCUUGUCUGAAGCAGAGACUAUAAAGAAGUUUCUCCCUGCUGUCAAGGGUACAUUGUUGACAAGCAAAUGGUGUUUCGGUUAGUAACGGUUCUAAGUGCAAUGAGUUGUGUUGAAGCCUCUGUCUCCCAUCCUUGCCUGUAGCCUGUAGUCACUUGUGCAGUGAGGACAUCUUUUUAAAUUUAAAAAAAAAAAAAAAAAAGUUUUCAAAGGAAAAAAUGUUAAAAGAGCCAAUCUCAAAGCCCCAAGCCAUCUGAGUACUGUUAGGGUUUUAUGCACUUAAGAAAAAAGGUAGGUAUGUAAAUGUUCAUCCUAAGACAAGCAUUCCAAAAGCAGGUAUCUGGCCAAUGUGUGUCCACCAAGAAUACUGUUUAUCUUUGUCUUAAGAUCACCAAGAAAUAGGCAAGGAUAGUAAAGCUUGGAACCUGCACCAACUGGAGGGUGCCUGGCUCUUUGAAGAAAAGCUUAUGGUCAGCUCUUGAUUAUUCGGGAGCAGAUUAUUUGAGUAGAUUGUCUGAGCCUCCAACUGUUACCAUCCUACUCCCCCUUCCCAAGCUAUUUCACAGCUCAGUAACCCAUGAAGUAAGUAGACAAGAAAAAGAGGAAUGAGACAUGAUAUAGGCCGAUUGCAUUGCUACUUACCAGCUUUUGGCAAUAAAUUUCAUUAGGAAGGAUACCGAGUGGUUUGGGAAUGCUUCGAAUUUUAUUUUUUCUACUCCCAAUUAAUCAGGAGUUGAUGAUCCCAUGAGCAGGACCGCCUCCAUGAUUGGGGAGCAUGCACUCGUGACUGCAGGGUAAGAGUGGGAAGAUAGGUUUGUGGAGUGGCACCGACAGGACUGUGAUUGUGUGUGGGCCUGCCCCACAUUUCUUUGGGGGAUGCUUAUGUGAGAGUGGGCCCAGUGAAAGAGUUACCAAGCCACCCACACCCCUAACACUGUUCUGGAUGAGAGACGAGAGCAGACCGGCUUCUCCCCAUCAGUGCAUUGUGCCUGUUGUACACCCCUGGAGGAGCCCUGGAGCCAGCCCAGGUGGGGUACACAAUCUUUUUAAAUUCCAUAUGGUUGCCAGCUUAUUUCUUUCACUUGUUUACUGUAAUAUCUGGUGUGUUUUUAUUUAUCUAAUUUUGUAUUCAGUUAUAACCAUGGUAGGGGUAGUGAAUAUAUGACAGGUGUAAUCCCUGGUGCUGCAGUGGACCUUCUUUUCUUUUGGACAAGAUAAUACUGUGAGUUUCCCUCCUUCCUUCCCUUUAAUUUGUUUUCCUUUUUCCCCCAGCCUCUUGCAUCCCCUUCUUUUCUACCCUGUCCUACAACUAUCAUAUGCACAGUCUUCUCUCUUUGUGUGUGACUGUUACAAAAUUUCACUUUUCAAAAUCGAAAUCAGGUGUUUGCUCAAAUGAGGGGAGAUUUUUUUUUUUUUUUUUUUUUUUAAAUGCUGAGACCUCAGCAGAGUACUUUUCUUUUUGUUGUUUCCCCCACAAACCCAUCAGUCUGGGAGAGCAUUGGGAGUGGAAAUCAUGUUGCCUGGGAUGCUGGUUUCUUUGUAUAUUAUAUAAAACGUAUGUAAAUGUCUCUCCAUUUGGGCUGGGGUUUGCAUUCUCCCCUUGGCUAUUUAACCGAGGGGAGAGGCCAGCGGGCAGGCGGCCCUCACCCUGCCUGGCACGUGCAGAGACCCCAGCCACUCUGUGUGGGCAGGGUGCUGUCAAGACCAGACCUCUUGGGGGGGUAGGGGCGGGGGGGUGGGGGGAACUCUUGGAAGGGAAGAAGUAUCACUUCUUUCUCAAGUGGAGUGUUUACACCUUGCUGUAACAUUUGAACUUUCACAAGAGAUGUAAUAAUUUUGAUAAUAAAAUUCUUAACCAUAAUAAUCAUAAA